AACUCUUGAGUCUUGAGUUUCUCUCCUUUGGGUUCGGGCGGGUGUUUUUUUGCAAUUGAAGACUGAUUUUCACUCUCCUCCGCACUUCUCCUUUCCGACAUGGCGGCGAAUAACUCUGACGAGGAGCUCCGCCUUCUAUACGACGUCGUACGCUCACUACCACCGAUGCCACUCAAUGACUUACUAUCUCGCAAAUUAUGUCCUCAGUGUAUUCUGAGAUUAUUUGGGAAAUAUGGACCGAUUUACGCCCACUAUUCCCGAAUCUCUGCUAUAUUUUCGGAGGUCGUCGGGCAUCAACCGAGCUGUGAUGACCCUUCUAAUGAAGGGUUAGCCGUUGAGGAUGAUAUUUGCAGUGUUUGCUAUGGAAUUUUGCAGUUUAUUCAUGCGGAGAAACAAGCAUUGGUGAACAAGGGUUGUGCCAAUGACUUUGCUGCAUUGAUCUGUGAACUGGCGAGGCAGGAAGGCCAUCAGGCUGAUUGCUUUUCUCUUGAAGUCUCUGUACCACCAAUUAUCAUGGAAAAGGAGAAUGCUGUCAGGUUAUGUAUGAAAGAGAAGUAUAGUUCUGAAGAUUGGUUUCAAGAAAUCCUUCAGUCUGAAGCAAUUUCAGUCAAGGAUGUUGUGAAGCUAUCUAUCACGAAGCUUCUUGAAAAACAGUUGGGUGUGAAAUCCGAUUCAAGUUCUUUCCGCGUUCGGUUGACUUAUACUUCUACUGAAAGGCCAAUGAAGAAUGCUAAUGGAAGAGAGAAUAACCACGCCGGCAAGAAGCGUAAAACAGGUUUUGGCAACACUGUUGGAGGAAAUAGGUGUGAAAGUACUGUUACUGAAACUGAUUUGAAGCAAUCUCCAGAAAGCCUGCAGGAAAAUAUUUCCUGCAGACAAUUGGAAAGAAAGAUCUCACCUUGCUACUUGGAAAUUCUUUGUUCCCGGACACCUAUCUAUAUUGGUGGUAGAUACUUAAAGUACUCUAGAAAUGUGAGUCAAUCGCGUUGGAUUAUUGAUGAUGAAAGAAUGGGAGAAGCAUCUGUUGAGGAAAUUUUGGGAAACGGCGUUCUUCCCUUGUGCCGAGGUGAUAAUUACAAGUUCCAUGCUGCUGGUAGAGAAGAUAUAGAUGUGCGGAUGUUGGGCUCAGGACGGCCUUUCUUACUUGAGAUUCAAAAUCCGCGGAUGUUGCCAUCAGAAUUGUCUAUAAAAGAGAUGGAAAUGAAAAUUAAUAGCUUGGAAAGCAAAUUGUUGAAGGUUAAAAAUCUUAAGGUUGUUGAUGAUCAAGGUUGGACCCUAAUGCGUGAAGGUGAAGCAGACAAGCAGAAGCAAUAUGCAGCCAUAGUGUGGAUUUCUCGUCCUCUUGAGGAUAAAGACUUGGUGACUAUAUCCUCACUAAGAGAUAUGAAAGUAUUGCAGAGCACCCCUGUGAGGGUGCUUCAUCGCCGAAGUCCUCUGGAACGUGAAAAAACAAUCCAUUGGAUGAAAGUUGAGAAGAUUAUAGGAAGUACUCAGUAUUUCCUCCUGCAUCUCUGUACACAGGCUGGAACAUACAUCAAGGAAUUUGUUCAUGGAGAUCUUGGACGUACUCAUCCAAGCCUUGGUUCGAUUCUGGGUUGUAGGGCAGAGAUUCUCCAACUUGAUGUAACAGAUGUGAAGAUGGAUUGAUUCCUGACUGAAUGAAGAUUGAAGAUGUGGGUAUUAACAUUUGCAAGGAAAUCAUCAAAUUCUUUAAUUCUUCAAACCUGGUGACCAGCCGAAAGGCUUCAUAUCUCAGCUCGCUGACAUUUCUAACUAGUUAUCAACUAUAUGGUGGGCUGUCAGCUUCUCUCUUGGGUGGUUUUGUUGCACCUAGUGAAGAAUAAUAGCAAAUUGUGAAUCCAAUUUAAAGGUACAGUUUGUAUCGAUUCUAGAUUAGAGAAAGUGGGCUUGAAUUUGCUUGUAAUUCAAUAUUUGGUUGCAUAGGUCACCCUUGUAUGUUCUCACAAAUUCUUCAUGAUACAAUUUUGGAUGCAAAAGUUGGCUAAUCCUUGCUAGAAUGCAGACGAUUAAUUUUUUCAA